AUGGGUACCAAAGACUAUUCCGACGACGAAAUACAACCUCUCAUUGUCAACAAUCGAGAUGGCAUACUGACUAACAAGCGUUCACCAAUUAGCCAUAACAAUUUACCUAACCACUUGCGUCAUGCUCAAUACUCAACACCAGCACUUGCAUCGGCAGCAUCACCAAACAGGUUUAGAGAAAGACUGAGGUCACCCAAUUUUUCCUCCCGCUCAAGGUCAGGCAACGCUCUUAACAGUUUAAUGCAAUCUGACUACACCGAGUUUGAGGAGUUUGGUUGCCCCAGGAGGCGUCUGUCAUUCUCAGCUAGCGAUUAUAUGAAAAUGAGACCAGAUAGACCCCUUUUCCAUAGGUUGUUAUCCAGUCAUCACUCAGUAACCAAUCCAAAUUCUGCUACUGAUGGCUAUAACCCAAGUAAUUUGAAUAAUGUGCAAGCAUCACAACCUUUAUUUUACCAAGCACAUGAUGAGAGUACCACAUCUUUGCAUGAAAGCCUUUUCAAUGAGUCUAGAGGAAGAAAUCUCGUGGAGCUUGUCAGUAGCCUAAGACCACUAAGAUUAAUUGGGAAUGCAAAGCCAUUGUGCAAUUGGUAUGCACAUUAUAGAGAUGAUGUACAGAAAAUCAAGAACAAAGAAGUUAGAGCCUACUAUGAAGAGCAAAAUUACUUGAUUACCAAGUUCCAAGAAAUUGAUAACUUUCUUGAUGCUGGCAAAAUCCAUUACAAUAUGUUGAGUAAUUAUGGCAGUGGAGAAUCAUUUCGUGGAGUUUUGUUGGAUAAUAUUGAAGAAACAGAAGAGCCAGCAAGCCCUGUGAGUGUAAAAAAUGGCGACAAGGAAACUUUAGUAAAUGGGAAAAAGAGUUACGAUUCAUUGCAAGGUCCGGAUAUGGAGCGAGGAAAUGACGCGUCGUUAUCUAAGUUUUCCCGGUUUUACGAUGUUCCAGGUAAUGUUGCCAAUGAUGGAUCUAAAUUUCUAGGUUACAAUGAAGAGGAAAAUAACACUCAAGUAUUGACAGCUAUUUUGGUUAAUUUCCUCGUCAAUAUCUUGCUUCUUGUGGGCAAAAUAGCUGUAACAUUGCUUACAAAUUCUCUUUCUGUGGUGGCAUCAUUGGUUGAUUCGGUCUUGGAUUUUUUAUCGACUUUCAUCAUCUAUGUUGUCAAUCGAUUGGCAGCACAGAAUAACUGGAAAGUGCAACAUUCUUACCCAGUUGGAAGAUCAAGAUUGGAGCCCUUGGGAGUGCUCAUUUUCUCAAUCAUUAUCAUAAUUUCAUUUUUUCAAGUUGGGCAAGAAUCGUUCAGAAGGCUUUUUUUCAGUACACCUGAACAAAAAGUUCCAGCAACCAUUGGAUUUGAUGCAAUUUUGAUUAUGGUUAUAACAAUUGUCGCUAAAUUGGGAUGUUGGAUUUGGUGUUCGAAAAGUCAAUCGUCGUCAGUUCAGGCUCUUGCGCAGGAUGCCAUGACUGAUAUAGUGUUCAAUACAGUCUCAUUGUUAAUGCCCUGGCUUGGUCACGUCUUUAGUAUUUGGUGGUUUGAUCCAUUGGGAGCUUUGCUAUUGUCAAUGUACAUCAUUUUCAAUUGGGGCAAAACAGCUUUUCAACAUAUAAGCAAUCUCACUGGUGCAGUAGCUGAUCCUUUGGAGUACAAGGUUGUGUUGUAUCUUUGUUGUCGAUUUGCUGAGCCAAUUAAACGAAUCACUGCAUUAAAAAUAUACCAUGUUGGCGAUAAUUUGAAUGUUGAAGUUGAUCUCGUGUUUGCUAACGACAAGUUUGAUUUGAGUUUUAAAGAUUGUCACGAUAUCGCUGAAGCGUUACAGUAUAGUAUUGAAAGUUUGCCCAUGGUCGAAAGAGCAUUUGUACAUAUAGACUACAUGGAGGGAAAUUACAAAGGGCAUCUAAAGUAG